CACCAGCGCUCCCUUUUUAUACUUGGGGUGGGAGUCGGAAAGUACCGAGUGAAGUUUCACCUGUGGGGGGAGGAGGCGGGGUCUGACGCGGGGCUCGUCCAGGUGAGCCUCCUUCCUGGAAGCCGGGUGCGGACAGAGCUGCCGGGGAUGUCCAGAUCCUAGAAGCCGACUGAGACUCCCGUCAUGGACCCCAAGAAGCCGGGCAAGCUGCAGCAGCUCCGCCAGAGGAUGCUGCCCCACCUCCGGCGAGGCAAGACGAGCCCGAGCAAACCUCUGGGUCAUCUGGAGCCCGCCAUGGACCAUCGGAUGAGCUCCUCGGUUCCCGACGUGCGUGACGUGAGGCAGCAGCAGGCUCGCGCCCCCGCCGGCGCGCGGGUCCAACAGCACGCGGCUGCCUGCCACAGCAGCCCCUCCACGCCGCUCCUCGAGGCCGCUCGAGGCCCCGCAGGUGGUGGGAGUGGCCUGGGCCUGCAGGGCGCUCGUGGCGGAGCCGGGAGGAGCGUGCACGCAGACUGCACGGACUGGGCCUCCUCCCAGGAGUCAUUCAACAGUCUCUGCGUGGAGGACAAGAGGCUGGAGACGCAGCAGAGACCUGCCGGGGGCCUGGAGCCCGAGGAGCUGGCCCUGCCGGAGGUGAUGGCGGUGGGCGGCGCAGAGGAGGUGUCCCAGGACAGCGCGCAGUCUGAAAAUCAUGAAUUCAACGGAUACGGGUUAAAAGACGGGGACAGCCAAAACUCUGAGAUGGGAAACGAGUCCCUGAACGUGCCGGGGAGCCUACGGGAUCCUCUCCGAUGCUUCCUGCUCACCAUCAACCUGAAGGAAGGACGGAACCUGGUCAUCAGGGACCGCUGUGGUACCAGCGACCCGUACGUGAAAUUCAAGCUGGACGGGAAAACGUUCUACAAAAGCAAAGUGGUUUACAAAGACCUCAACCCCGCGUGGAACGAGACCUUCACCCUCCCUGUGAAGGAUCUGAACCAGAACCUGUACAUCAAGGUGUACGACCGGGAUCUGACCACCGAUGACUUCAUGGGCUCCGCCGUUGUCAGACUGCAUGAUCUGGUGAUUGACAAGCUGAACGAGAUGGCUUUGCCCUUGGACGACCCAAACAGCCUGGAGGAGGACAUGGGGGUGGUGCUGGUGGACAUGAGGCUGUCACUCAGAGACGGAGACAGCAAAAGAGGCAGUCGGUGGCCCCAAAAAAGAAAACCAAGUAAUCCGCCACGAGGCUCUGCUCAGGGCUUUCAGUCAGAGACACUGAGGAAGGGUCAGCUUUGGACUUGUGUUGUGUCCGUGACUCUGGUUGAGGGUCAGGAUCUGCCACUGGACACUCAGGCGGGUCACUUCUUUGUACGCUUCAGACUGGGGGAGCUGAGACAUAAAAGCAAGAAUCUCUGCAAAGUGUCCAACCCUCAGUGGAGAGAGAGGUUCACCUUUAACCAGUUCGGAGACAGGACAGAAAACCUGGAGGUGGAGCUCUGGUCCAAAGAAGGACGAAGGAACGAGGAGUGCUUGGGAACAACUGACGUGGACCUGUCCCAGAUGCCGUUCGAUCAGAGGCAGCUGUUCACACAGACCCUGGAUCAGGGGAGAGGACGCCUUGUCUUCCUGAUCACACUGAACACGUGCAGCGGCGCCUCCAUCGCUGACCUCUCUGCGGCGCCGCUCGAUGACCCUCAUGAACAACAGAAACAGCUGGACAAUUAUAGUUUGAAAAGGUCCCUGAAAAAUCUCCGUGAUGUUGGUUUGCUGCAAAUCAAAGUUAUCAAGGCUGCGGAUUUGCUGGCUGCCGAUUUAAACGGCAAAAGUGAUCCCUUCUGCGUGCUGCAGCUGGGGAACGACAGGCUGCAGACCCACACGGUCUACAAGAGCCUCAACCCAGAGUGGAGAAAAGCCUUCACGUUCCCUGUCAAAGACAUUCAUGACGUUCUGGUGGUGACCAUCUUUGACGAGGAUGGAGACAAGGCGCCAGACUUCCUGGGAAAAGUUGCCAUUCCGCUGCUCUCGAUCCGCAGGGGACAGCAGAUCACCUUCCCGCUGAAAAAAGAAGACUUGGGUGGGCUGUCGAAGGGGAGCAUCACUCUGGAGCUGAAGGUUAUUUUUAACCCUGUCAGAGCAAGUAUAAGGACCUUCAACCCAAUGGAGAGAAGAUUCAUGGAGGAUAAUCCUAAAUUCUCCAAAAAGGUGCUGGCCAGGAACGUGCUGCGCGUCCAGGCGCUGUACCGGGCUCUCAUGGCGACCCUGCGCUACGUCAAAAGCUGCUUCCAGUGGGAGAGCGUUCAGAGGAGCCUGCUGGCCUUCCUGGUGUUCUUGGUAACGGUGUGGCACUGGCAGUUUUACAUGCUGCCCCUCUUCCUGGUGCUGCUCAUCUCGUGGAACUACUUCCAGUUCCGCUCCGGCCGGGUCAGUCAGGACCUGGACAACGUGGAUGUGGGGGACGAAGAUGACGAUGAUGAGAAGGAGUCGGAGAGAAGAGGAUUGUUGGAGAAAAUCCACAUGGUCCAAGACACCAUCAUCACGCUUCAAACACUGCUGGACGAGAUGGCCUGUUUGGGGGAGAGGAUUAAAAACACUUUCAACUGGUCGGUGCCAUUCCUGUCUUGUCUGGCCUUCCUGAUCUUUGUGAUUGCAACGAUCCUCACAUACUACAUCCCGGUCCGCUAUAUCGUUUUAAUCUGGGGCAUCAAUAAAUUCACCAAGAAGUUACGGAACCCGUACAGCAUUGACAACAAUGAGGUGUUUGAUUUCCUGACGAGGGUGCCUUCAGAUGUGCAGAAGGUUCACUACAGUGAGGUGAGAGGCAGCAGGAGGAAGAAACUCUCGUAGGCUUCCUACUCGUGAGCUGUUUGGAGACAAGGCGCCCGGGUCAGGUUGCACGGACCACGCAGACAUUACGGGGGGGGGGGACAUUUGUGAUUUUAUUUCUAAGGAGAGAGGGUGUUGUGUUGUUUGUGCAGUUUACUCUUUAAGCCAAACAACCAGAAGCUGCUUUAUUUUAUAUUUCCUGGUGGCAUCCUCCUAAACCAGCUAAAAUAUCAGAUUGUAUUUUAAAGAUUGUACAUGCUUUGUAUGGAAGAUUUGUGUGUAUAUUUUUAACUGAUUUUUCUAUAAUAGAUGUCUGCUAUUAUACUCCUCUGCAAAAAAAAAUGGCGUCAGUUGCUGGAAUGAAAAUGAAUUAUAUUAUGGGUUUAUUAUAUAUUAUUUUAAAAGUGCAGCUCAUCAUGCAGCGUUUUCAUACCAGAAAUUUUAAAGUACAAUGUCUUUACAGUUUUAAAUAUUAGGAUGAAAUGAGGGAACAAUUUUUGUGCCUUUGUCCAUUCAGAAACAUAACAGACAAUAUAAUGCAUCACAUUAUUUUAUUUCUUACUUAUGGACGUGCCUACAUCCAUCUUCUCAUUUCAUUCAUCCUGCGUGGAGUUUCUGUUGAAUUUAAUUCUUUGCUGACAAAUGGGAUGUGGCCUAAUCUAUACACUGUUUGCUUUAUUUAUUAAUAACAAUCGCCGUGUCUCUCAUUUCUAAUGGCAAUAAAUACGUACAAUCACA